GCGCCCUCUAGUGUUUGACUGGCAAGUUCUCGCAAAAUCUCGUUAUACAUGUCCUUUUACGUGGUGUCGCUGGCAAAAGCAAUCGGCAGCCAUGAAGAUCAACGUCAGCUACCCAGCCACUGGCUGUCAGAAGCUCAUUGAAGUCGAUGAUGAACUCAAGAUGAGGGCCUUCUACGAGAAGCGCAUGGCACAAGAGAUGUCUGCCGAGAGUCUUGGAGAUGAAUGGAAGGGUUACAUUGUACGUAUCAGCGGUGGCAACGACAAGCAGGGAUUCCCCAUGAAGCAGGGAGUGCUUACCAACGGGCGUGUACGCCUUUUGCUCACCAAGGGGCACUCGUGCUACCGCCCCCGCAGAAAGGGAGAGAGGAAGCGCAAGUCCAUCCGUGGCUGCAUUGUGGACAACAAUCUGUCUGUCCUCAAUCUGGUCAUCGUCAAGAAGGGUGAUGUGGAUAUUCCAGGUCUGACAGACAAGACUAUCCCUCGCCGUCUUGGACCCAAGAGAGCAGGCAAGAUCCGCAAACUCUUCAACCUCUCAAAGGAUGAUGAUGUGCGCCAGUACGUUGUAAGACGUCCCCUCCCAGAGAAAGAAGGCAAGAAGCAGCGUUACAAGGCACCCAAGAUCCAGCGUCUUAUCACCCCACAGCGUCUCCAGCGCAAGCGUCAUAACCUCUCCCUCAAGCGUAGACGUGCUGCCAAGAACAAGGAGCAAGCCGCCGAGUACGCCAAGCUCCUCGCUCAGCGCCAAAAGGAGAAGAGAGAUGCCCACCUCAAGAGAAAGCGAUCUGCGUCCAUGAGGGAAUCACACAGGGAGUCAACUUCAAAGUAGAUACUACAAAAAAAAAAUGGCCGGGUUGGUCAAAGCAGGAUUGAAUGCUCAUGAGUUGUCGAGUUCAAAAUGCUUUUGGUGACGAAUCUUUCACCAAGUUUAAGGAAAAACUCAUGAUAAAAUGUUGAGUAUUUUAAGAUUGAGAGAAAGUUCACACACAUGUAAUGAAGCUUCAUCUGACGCUUUAUGAGAUUUAUCACUGGACUACCGAGGAAUAA